AUGGCGCACUGGAGCGGCACUGACGGCGUUGGCAUGGCGCACUGGCGGCGCUUAGGCAGACUGGUGGCACUGGGCAGACGGGCAUGGCAGACUGGCGGCGCUGGGCAGACUGGCAGGGCACGGGCACCGACGGCGCUGGGCCCGGACGGCAGACUGGGCGGCGCAGCGCAGCAGACUGGCGGCGCCAGGGCAGACUGGCGGCGCGCCGCUGGCAGAUCAGGGAGCGGCGCAGGCAGACUGGUGGCACCACCGCGCGCCAGCAGAUCGGGCGCACUGCUGGCACUGGCAGACAGGACGGCGCAACACUGCCCAGUGCCAGCCAGUCUGCCCAGCGCCGCCAGUCUGCCCAGCGCCGCCAGUCUGCCCAGUGCCACCAGGCUGCCUGGCGCCGCCAGUCUGCCCAGCGCCGUCAGCGCACUGGGCAGCUGGCGUCGGCGCUGCCAGUCUGCCCAGCGCUGCCAGACUGCUGGCACCAGCGCCGCCAGUCUGCCAGCGCCGUCAGUCUGCCCAGCCAGUCUGCCCAGCGCCGUCAGUGCCCGCCAGUACCUGUCAGCCACAAGUCUACCCAGUGCCACCAGUCUGCCCAGCGCCGCCAGUCUGCCCAGCGCCGCCAGUCUGCUGCCACCAGUCUGCCAGAGCCGCCAGUCUGCCCAGCGCCGUCAGCGCCGCCAGUCUGCCCAGCGCCGUCAGCGCCGCCAGUCUGCCCAGCCCAGUCUACCCAGCCGUCAGCGCCGCCAGUCUGCCCAGCGCCAUCAGUCUGCCCAGUGCCACCAGUCUGCCCAGCGCCGCCAUCUACCCAGUGCCACCAGUCUGCCCAGCGCCGCCAGUCUGCCCAGCGCCGCCAGUCUGCCCACCGCCAGUCUGCCUUGCGCCGCCAGUCUGCCCAGCGCCGCCGCCAGUCUGCAGUCGCCUAGCCACCAGUCGCCAGUCUGCCCAGCGCCGCCAGUCUGCCUAGCCAGUCUGCCCAGCGCCGUCCAGCGCCGCCAGUCUGCCCAGCGCCGUCAGUGCCGCCAGUCUGCCCAGCGCCGUCAGUCUACCCGGUGCCACAAGUCUACCCAGUGCCGCCAGUCUGCCCAGCGCCGCCAGUCUGCCCAGCGCCCGCCAGUCUGCCCAGUGCCACCAGCCUGCCUCGCCGCCAGUCUGCCACCAGCGCCACCAGUCAGCGCGCUGCCUAGCCGCCAGUCUGCCCAGCGCCCGUCAGUGCCGCCAGUCUGCCCAGCGCCGUCAGUCUACCCAUUGCCACCAGUCUGCCCAGCCACCAGUCUGCGCGCUGCCAGUCUGCCGAGCGCCGUCAGUGCCGCCUCUGCCCAGUGCCGCCAGUCUGCCCGCGCCGCCAGUCUGCCCAGCCGCCAGCGCCAUCUGCCCAGUGCCACCAGCCCGCCCAGCGCCGCCAGCCCGCUCAGCGCCGCCGGGCGCUCGCUAGCCCGCCCAGCGCCGUCAGUGCCGCCAGUCUGCCCAGCCGCUGGCCUACCCAGUGCCACCAGCCCGCCCAGCGCCGCCAGUCUGCCCAGCGCCGCCAGUCUGCCCAGUGCCACCAGCCCGCCCAGCGCCGCGCCAGCCCGCCCAGCGCCGUCAGCGCCGCUAGUUCGCCCAGCGCGUCAGGGGUGCCGCCAGUCUGCCCAGCGCC